GUUUUCCUACUGGUAAACACGAUCACAAUACUCGCAAUGUAGCACAGCGUCAGGAACGGGCCAUGCCUUGAUGGCUUCCUCGUGUGUCCGCUUUUGAUGGCGGGGGCUUGACUGGACAACAAAGCCAAGUUAUCAUGCAGCUCGGAAGCGCGGCAGGAUUUGGCGGCGGUUCAAGCCUCAGCACACCACUGACGGGCUCCGGCUGGCCUCGUGUUGGCCACGCAUCGCCGGCACCAACCCCAAUCGCGCGGUUCGCCAGCCGGGCCCACGGCGAUGCUGGGCCCGCAGCAGUCGCGGCAGCGGCUCCUACUGCUGUAGCUGCAGUUGGCGUGGCAGCUCGCACCCCUGCGGCAUGCAGCCUCCUGCGCCCUCUGGGGCUGUGGCGGGUGCGCAGCCGCCCUGUUGUUGCGGCUAGCAGCAGUAGCAGCGGCCCUGCGGCGACCGCCCCUGGAGCUACUGCUACAGCUGCUGCUACGGCUGCCGUGAUGAGGAGCGCUACCACUGUGGAAUCUGGGCUGGGCCUGCCCGCCGCCAGGCUCAGGGCGGCUGUGCGGCUUCGCACCGGCACACGCACCGGUGCCCUCCUGAUGCUCCCCUCGCCUUUCUUGGGCGCGGGCUCAGGCUCAGGCUCAAGGUCAAGCCUGGGGCUGGGGCUGGGGCCGGGGCUGCCGCUUCGGCGCAUUGCGGUAGCCGCAAGCGGCAACGGCAGCGGCAGCAGCGGGAGUGCCAGCGGCAUCGCUGACACGCUGGACGGCGGUGGCGCAAGCAGCGCUGGCGCCAGCACCAGCACCACCAGCAGCAAUAGUGGUGGUGGGGGUGACGGUGGUGGAGGUGGUGGGGAUGGGGUUGGCAGCGGCCGCUCCUUCCGGCUGCUACGCGGCUGGGCGCAACCCGCUCUGGCGCAGGGGCUCUCUCACUCACCGCCUGCUGCCGUCACGACUGCGGCUGAUGCGGGCGAGACCGAGACCGGGAGGAGCGCUGCUGCCCAUGGCGGCAGCGGCGGUGGCAGUGGCGGCGGCGACGGCUCGGCGGCGGCUACCAAAGAGGCACUGGCGGCGGCCGCUACGCAGCCGACGCAGCCGGCGCAGCCGGCGCCUCGGCUGACGCUGGCGGAGGUGGCAGCUCUGCCGCCAGAGCAGCUUCUGGCGCUGCUGCCGCCGCAGCCGCCGGCCUGUCUGCAGUACCUACUGCCGGAAAUCGACCGACGCUACCCGCGCGACACCACCCCCGCCAACGCGCUGUGUAACGAGUCGGCGCGGCUGCUGCUGCGCGCUGCGGCGCUGGACGGAGCUACGCCGCUGGGGUACCACAUGCGGCGCUUUCAGACGCUGCACACGCUGAUGUGCCACGUCUGGCAAACCCAGCUGCACGCGCUGCCCUUCCAAGCCAAGGAGCCUUCCGCUGGGUCCGAUCCCGCCGCCACCGUCCCUGCCGCCGCCGCCGCCGCAGACCCCGCCGCCGCCGCCGCCGCCGGCUCCUUGCCCCGGAUCCUGGCGCGGCUGAGUCUGUUCCGCGGCGUGCUGGCCAGUGACCCGCUGUUCGCCAUCACGGGGCCCGCGCGCUCACGGAACAUGAACGGCACCGCCGUCGCACCCGCCAACAGGGCCGGCGGCGGUGGCGGCGGCGGCGGCGGCGGCCGCAGCGGCAGGGACGGCAGCAAGGCGGGCGCAGGGCAGGGCGGCGCCAGCACUGUUACUGCUGCUAGUGCCGGCGCUGGCAGCAGCAGCAGCAGCAGCAGCAGCAGCAGCAGCAGCAGCAGCGUGGAGCCGCCGGCGUGGCUGCUGCUGCAGGGUGCGGCGGCGGCGGAGGAGGCUCAGGACCACGUUGACCUGUGGCUGCCUGUGUUGGACCGCCGCCAUGCCUACGCCGCGGAGUGCCAGGCGCUCUAUGCCGCCUGCGUGUCACGGCUGACCAGCCACGACCAGCCCCACCAGCUGCCGUGGGGCACAGCAGGCGGCACCAGGGGCCCGCCACCACCACCCGCCGGCGCCGUGCCCGUGCCUGUGCCCGUGCCCGUGCCUGGCAGCGCCGGCGCAAGUGCGGGCGGUGCAGACGGGGGCGAGGCGCACGGGUUGGAUAAUGCAGCAGGAGCAGCCUCAGCAGUAACAGCAACAGAAGCAGCAGGAGCAGCCUCUGCAGUAACAGCAACAGAAGUAGCAGCAGCAGCAGCAGCAGCAGCAGCAGCAGGGGCAGCCUCUGCAGUAACAGCAACAGAAGUAGCAUCAUCAUCAACAUGGGCUGGCCACACGGUUUCACGGCGCAUUGCGGCGCUGCGUGAGCGCGUUGCGGCCUUGGCCUCGGCGCUUGAGGCCGUCGGCGUGCCGCUUGGUUUCCGCAACGCGGUGCGGCUGCUGGCGGCUCGGUCGCAGGUGCUGGGAUCCCUCUACCGCCGCUACCCGCCCCUUCGCAGCUCACCUGACGUGGUCCGAUUGAAUGUGGGCUUGUUAGCGCUGUGUGAGAGCCUGCCGCCCGCAGUGCUGGCGGGUGCGGCCAUCGACUACAAAGCGGGGCCGCAGGCGGCGGCGCAGCUGCAGUCGGCGGGUGUGGCGGCGGCGGCGGCGGCGGUACGGCAGCUGGGGCUGCCGCUGGCGGCGGUUUGCGGCGUGGAUGUACGAAGCUUGGCUGUGGCGGCGGCGCUGGUGCAGCUUGCGUGGAUGGAGCGGCAGGUGCUGUGGCUGGAGGGCGUGUCGCUGGCGGCGGCGGACGCUGCAGCAACGGCGCUGGAGGCGGUGGAGGCGGCUGAGGCGCCGGAGGCGCCGGAGGAGGGAGUGGAGGCGGAGAUGGAGGCGGUAGGGACGGAAGCCGCGGCCGCGAGCAGUGGCCGAGGCAGCAGCCCCGGCGUGCGCGUUGUGGUGGCGGAUGAGCCGCCGAGCCUGGAGCUGAUCGCUCGGCUGGUCCAGGAGGAUUCCUGCUUCAUGCUCGUCAGUGACAGCAUCAGCGUUAGCAGCAGUAGCAGUAGCAGUAGCAGCAGCAGCGGCGCGACUGGCGGCCGCAGCUGUGCAGCACAGGGCGGCAGCUGCGGCGGGCCGGGUGCGGAGCUGCUCGCAGCUGUGGCCUCGGCGGCGGCGGCAGGGGGCCCGUCGUCGGCGUCAGAGGCGUGGGCGUGGGCGGCGGGUGUGCGUGUGGAUGUACGGCUAUCGGUGCUGUGCCCAGACCUGUACGACGUGACCUUGGACAGCCGCUACCCGACCAGGCCCUGGCCCGCAGCAGGGACCGGGGCAGGGGCAGGGGCAGGGGCGGCGGCAGGGGCGGCGACCGGGGUGGCGGCAGGGGCUGCGGCUGCGGCAGGCGCCACCUCCGAAACUGCCGCGGCUGCAGCGGCCGGUGGUGUAGCCAAGACCGGGAGCAGCACCGGCAACCGCGCCACCAGCGCGACGGCUGCUCCCACGCCCACGCCGCCGUCCACGGCAACGCCAGCAGCAGCGGCGGCGGCGACCGAGCAGGCAUCCGCCAGCAGUGCUGCUGCUACUGCUGCUACUGCUGCCACUGCUGUGGAAGCUGCUACUACUGCUGCUGCUGCUGCUGCUGGAGCUGCCGGCGUCGGGGCCUAUGACCGUGGAAUGGCGGUAUUGGUGAAGUGCCUGCCGCCGGAGACAAUGACGGCUGCGGCCGCGUCGGAGCUCGUGAGACGUGCUGUGUUGGGCGUGGACUCCGUCGCGUCGGCGGUGCUGGGGCCGUUUCCGGGUGCCCAGCAGCCCCCGCAGCCCCAGGAGCAGAAGCCGCAACAACAAGAGCAACCUGGCCACCCGUUGGCGGCAACGGGGGUGGGCAGCAUGAAUGUCAGCGACGCCGCCGCCGCCGCGGCGGCUCUGAAGGUUGCAAUCAUGUUCUCAAGCUAUGCCGCCGGCCGCGGCCGCAGCGCCGGCCUUGAAGAAGCCGAAGCCCCUGCACGCACGCCUGCAGGACGCAAGCCCAAACUCUCGCCGCAGCGGCGGCUGGCGCAAGCAAAGGUAGCAGCGAAGCUAGAGGUGGCGGCGGCUGCGGCGGCGGCGCUGGGCGACUUGGCACCGCCAUGGUGGCUGGAGUCGUUGUUGCCGCUGGUGGAUGCUCGCUACCCGCCGGCCCGCUCGCCUGAGGACUGGGCUCGUAACAGGGCGGCGCGGCUGCUGUUGUUCCUGCAGGGCCGCGUGAGGGCGGAGGUGCAGAGGCAGCUGUCGAUGCCAUGGCUGCUCAGUCGUUACUUACGGUUGCAGUGGGCGGCACAGUCGGUGUACCCGCCCAACGUGCCCUGCCCGGCAGACGUGUCCGUGGCGACGCUACUGGCCGGCGACCCCGCCUUUGCGCCGGAGCCGGUGCUCAAGGCCGGACCUGCCGAAUCAGGCAGCGCCAGCGCAAGCGCAAGCGCAAGUGCCAGCGCCAUUGGCAGUGGCAGCGCCAGCGCCAGCGGCGGCAGUGGCAGUGGCGGCACUGGGUGGCGGCCCAGCGGCCGACAGCUGUUCACCAUCCGGCUGCGCGGCCAGCAGCUGCUGCCGCCGCAGGAGGCCCAGCAGGGCAAGCCGCUGGAGCUGAGGCAGCACGGGGCGGGCAAGGAGGUGGCGGGUGCAGACGGAGGCGGUGGCGGGGCGGAGGAGGCGGAAGAGGAGGCGAGGCGGCAGCAGGUGGCGGCAGCGGCGGCUCAAUUGCUUGACGCCACCUGUGCGGCCGUGAUCGCGUCAGCCUCGGCUGCGUCUGCGGCGGCCGCGUCAGCGGCAGCCCUGGCGCCGGCGGCAGCGCCGGCGCCGGCAGCAGUAGAAGCUACAGCCACAGCAACAGCCACAGCAACAGCCACAGCAACCGCAACAGAAGCCGCAACAGCGCCAGCAGCAACAACAGCAACCCUCGGCACUGCUAUAGCGAGGCACAAAGGGGUUGCUGACACGCCGCAGCCUGCUCCUUGGCUGGCUUCGAGGCUGCCGGCACCGCGUCGGGAUGAGGCGUUUGGGCCCAACGGGUUGUUGGAAUGGGUGGAGCGGAAGAAGCCUUGGGAGCCGCUGGCGGUGGAGGAGGUGGGCUCGCUGCUGCUCGGCCUGGCGCCCUCCACACUGCAGCACCUGGUGCAGGAGCGAGUCAUGAGGGAGGAGCUGCAGCGCAGCAGCGCCGGCAGUAGCAGCAGCAGUGGCGGUGGCAGCAGCGGCAGUAGCAGUGGCAGUCGCCAGCGCGGUAGCGGCGGCGCGCCUGGUGACGCAGACGGCAGCCUCCGGCGCGCGGCGAUGCUGCAGCUGCUGCGGGAGGUGGCGGCGCCGCGCCCGGGCGAGGCGGCGGGGCCGCCGGCGGCGCCCGGCGGCGCCACCACCAAUCUCGAACUACGACAGAAGGUUAUUGUGGGGCAGAUGUGGGCCCUGGUGGACAAGUGGUUGGUUGGCGGCUCCGACUCGGAAACGGCCGACGCCGCAACAGCCGCGGGCGAAGGGUCCGGGAGUGAGGAGCCGGAGCCGGCGGAGGGCGGGCAGGCUGCAGAGAGCGAGUCGCCGAGCGGCGGCGAAGAGGAAGGUGAAGAGGAAGGCGAAGAGGAAGGCAAGAGCGAGGGAGAUGAGGAGUCGCCUGUGGCAAGCCUAGACGCAGGGCCUGCAGACGGAGGAGUUGACGAAGACUCCAGUGCCGUCACUGCUACUGCUGCCGCCGCCGGUGGCGGCUCCGCCGCCACCGCCUCCUCCACGACAGCACCUGCUUCCACCGCCGCCGCCGCAGCUGCUGUGGGCGACACCGCCGCCGCGACGCCCGCCGCGCUGCUGUCGCCGUCGGUGGCGCCGGCGCGGGUGCGGGUGGUGGUGGUGGAGGAUGCGGACACGCCCGGGCUGCGGGAGCUCCUGGUGCACGCUGCCGCCUGCAGCCAUGUCGCGAUGGACUGCGAGAUGACGAGCGGGCGCGGCGGCGUGCGUCUCAUGGUGCUGCAGAUAUUCGCGCCCGCCAUUGCGGGCCGCCACCCCGCCACCGCCUAUCUGGUGGACCUGGGGGCGGCGGGCAGGGCGGGCCGCCGCCGGCUGGUGGCGGAGCUGGCGCCGCUGCUGGGGCCGGAGCUGGGGGUGGUCAAGGUGGCACACGGGCCGCAGUGGGACGUGUCACUGCUGCACACGCAGUACGGCAUCCUUCUGGGGCCCCUGGUGGACACGCAGCUCGUGUACGGCACCGCGCAGGCCACGUGGCUGGGACUGCCGUACACGUGCCGCAAGCUGCUGGCGCCCCGGGCGGGGCUGGGGGCCAUGCUGGGGGGCGUGGGGCUGCGGCUGCCGUACAAGGCAGAUGUCAAGUCGCUGUACCGCAAGGACCGCAACUUCUGGAAGCAGCGGCCGCUGACGCCUGCCAUGAUCGAGUACGCGGUGCAGGACGUGUCCACUCUCCUGGACACCUACCGCGCACUGCUUCGCAGCAUCGUGGCAGACCUGGAGCCGCAGCAGCGGCAGCAACAGCCCGAGCCCGCGGAUGGCAGCAGCAGCGCCACCACCACCACCACCACCACCACCACCACCACCACCACCACCACCAGCAGCAGCAGCAGCAGCAGCAGCAGCAGCAGCCCCAGCAGCAGCCCCGGCAGUAGCCCUGAGGGCGGUGUGGCAGGCGGCGGCUGGUUGUGGCAGUCGCCGCUACUGCCGCCCGCGCACACGGCGUCGGCCCAGAGCCGGCGGAAGAAGGCAGGGGUGGAGGCGGUGGAGGGGAUGAAGGAGGAGGCGGCGGAGGGGGAGGAGGAGGUCUACCCGCCGCCACAGCGGGGGUCGCUCCUGGAUGGGGCACGUGUGGAGAGGCUGAGAGCUGAGAGCCGUGAGUGAGGCGAGUGAGCGAGUGAGCAAGCCAGCAAGGGCGUGUGAGUGCUGCUGCUGGUGCUAAAAAGGCGGCGGUAAGAGAACGAUGUAAUGAUGAGAUGCAGGAUGCUGGUGGGGGGGAGCGGGCGGGUGGACGGGCUGGUAGGUUAAGGGUGUGCGGGAGCUGAGUAGACCCGUGGGUGUGAGGGGUGCUGCCUUACGCAGGAUGCGCGCUGGCAACGGCCCAUGAAAUUGAUCCAAACAGAGACUGUCAUUGUGGAUCCAAAGAACACCACAAUGGCCACCGUGUGCAUCUAACUGGCCCGAUUCGUGGCCACACUUCCGGUGGCCCACUUGACCCACCCCCAGAGUGGAAGGUGCCCCCACGCAUGGAGUGGACGCUCAUUCUGCGCUAAGUCCGUGGCCUGCCGCCCUGCCACGCCCUGUAGUUUUAAUCUCGCUGCGGCGCGAGCACUCCAUGUGUGCUCUCUGAAGAAGAACGCCCUGUCAAACCUGGUCAUUCGCUUCAUGACUAUCAAUCCGCGAAGUCUUUCCUGGUUACAAUCGUUUUGUCAAAAGAAUAGGAUGCGAAAAGGUCAGACAGCGCUCAAGACAGCUGCCUUGUGGGCGUGCUUCCGACGUUCUCUGUAUGCUCAGUUGCUUAGAAGGGUAUCAGUGGAUACGCUUGUGUAACUUUGGGGUUCG